AUGCGUUGCCAGCGGGCUCUCGCUCUCACAGCCUUGACGUGCUGUCACUGUCAUCUUGUUCACGCCCAGCCGUCCCCGUCACAAGUUCUGGCAUAUACUGUCCCUGCCGGCUUUCCAACCAGUCUCUUCUCUGCCUACUACGUCCCUCCUUCACCCACUGAGGAGCCCCAGCCUAUCAUUUUUGAUGAAACACUGAACUAUACCUACCCUCUCCACCUCACAGACCCGUUCAACAUUCCCGAGGAGAAUGAAGACCCCAUUUUCUUUCCCGCUCCCCGUUUCGCCGCCGUCAACGGAAGUGCCAUUGUUGCAGACGCCCUCGACCAGAUCAAUGGGAUCAUUUCGGGCAGCGGCACCAACUGUUCCAAGUGUAUCUUUGCGCUCGAGGUCGGGCAGUAUGUGGCUCAGCGGGUUCCCCAGAUGGUUCCAGACAUGCUGGUUGACCUGUGCAUCAGCACCAAGUUUGGAUCCAACAACAGCUGUCAUGGAAACUACGACGCCGAGAACUACGGCGCCGUCUGGGCUCAGGUGCUUGCGCUGGCCAAUGUGACUGGAUCCGACGGUGCAUACAUCUGCAAUUAUCUGAGCAGCAACUUCUGUCCUCGCCCACACACGCUGCCCUCGGACACAUCCUCAUACUUCGGCGCCAAGCCCAAACAGGUGUCUGUACCCAAGCCCAGCGGCGAGAGAGUCAAAGUGCUGCACUUGAGUGACAUGCACAUUGAUCCCCGGUACGCGCCCGGGUCCGAGGCCAAUUGCUCCAGCGGACUGUGUUGUCGGGCGAACAACCCCAAGAGCGCUUCCGGGAAACUGGAGAUUUCGUCCCCCUUGUACGGCGCUUUCGCGUGCGACAGUCCUUACUUUCUCUUGACGUCGGCUCUGGAGUCGAUUGGACCCUUGACCGGGACGACGCAUGACAACCAAACCGAUCUGGAUCAAUUUGCCUGGGGCAUUUAUACUGGAGACUUGGUGUCGCAUGAAAGCCAGAAUGAACUCUCGAGGAACUACACCAUGUACGCGGAGUAUUCCAUUUGGCAUAUGAUCAAGGCCUACCUGCCGAGUGGACCUAUCUUUGCCGCUCUUGGAAAUCACGACACCAACCCUAACGCGAUCGACUCACCACAUUCUCUCCCAGGGAAGCUGGGCGAACAGCAGUCCUGGAACUGGAACCACGUCUCCUCGCUGUGGCAGCAUAACAAUUGGAUCAGUGCCGAGGCGGCCGACCAAGCUCGCACCCAUUAUGCGGCUUACAGUAUCAACCAUGCACGAUUCCCCAAAUUGAGGAUCGUCACCAUCAACACUGAUUUCUGGUACCGCAGCAAUCUCUUCAACUACAUAAACACCACCAACCCGGACAACAGCAGGAUCCUUAAGUUCCUUGCGCAGGAACUCCAGGACGCAGAAGACAAAGGCGAACGGGUCUGGGUUGUCGGCCACGUUCUGUCCGGAUGGGAUGGCAGCAACCCCCUUCCCAACCCGACCGACCUGUUCUACCAGAUCAUCGACCGAUAUUCUCCUCACGUGGUGGCCGGCAUCUUCUUCGGUCACACGCACGAGGACCAAGUGAUGAUCUAUUACGGCAACAACGGCACGAGCCAGGACGCCGAGCACGCGCUCAACGUCGGCUGGAUAGGCCCCAGCAUCACGCCACUGACCAACCUCAACAGCGGAUACCGCAUGUACGAGGUCGACACGGGCGACUUCUCCAUCUACGAGGCCUACACGUACCAUGCCGACGUCGCGUCGUUUGCCGGCAUCAACGCCUCCGCGACCGGGCCGGUGUGGAAGUUCGAGUACUCGACCCGCGAUGUCUACCCUGUCGGCACCGAUGGCGAUGGCGAGCACUGGCCGGCCGAUGCGCCCCUCAACGCCACGUAUUGGCAUAAGGUCAGCGAGGCCAUGGCUGCCGACCACGCCCUCGUCGCCCAGUUCAACACGUACCAGGGAAAGGGUAGCGUCAAGAGUCCUAACUGUACGAGCUCUGCUUGUGUUAGCGCCAAGGUCUGCUAUAUGCGUAGUGGUAGCGUUGCCUUGGGUGCGGCAUGUCCUCAGGGGUGA